GACAACGCGGAGGGCGGGUGCGCCCGCGCUCCCGGGCGGGCCGAGAGCGGGGUGCGCGCCAUGGAACAGCGGUUAGCUGAGUUCCGGGCGUCCCGGAAAAGGGCCGGACUGUUGGUGGAACCCAGCACCUCGAACCAGAACGCACAAACCUCGGGAGAGAAAGCGGAAGCAGCUACGACUCCAAAGGCAGCCCCGGGCUGGCUAAAACGUUUCCUGCUGUGGAAACCGAGGCCCACGGGUGCCCGGACUCUGCCCAGCCCCGCAAAGGAAGUGGUUCAGCCCAGGAGCAGCACGGCACGGCCGCCACCACGGGAUCUAGCCAUUCCCCCGCCAUCACCUCGGGACCAGUCUGUCCUGACCAAAAUCACCUUCUUGAAGGUUCUUCUCUGGCUGGUCCUGCUGGGACUAUUUGUGGAACUGGAAUUUGGCCUGGCUUAUUUCGUCCUGUCCUUGUUCUACUGGAUGUAUGUCGGGACACGCAGCCCUGAGGAGAAGAAGGAAGGAGAGAAGAGCGCCUACUCCGUGUUCAACCCAGGCUGCGAAGCCAUCCAGGGCACCCUGACUGCAGAGCAGCUUGAGCGCGAGUUACAGUUCAGACCCCUGGAGGGGACAUAGGGCCCAGCUCCGCUCUCAUGCACUAGCCUCCCACAUGGUCCUCUUAACUCCUGGGCUCGGAUUUGUGGGUGUGAUUUCAGGCACAGGACUCAGGACAGCUUACAAGUUGGUUUGUGACCACAGUUCCAUGCUCACUCCCUGAUCUGCUGUGAUUUUACCUUUGAACUUCUCUGUGGUUUUGGUGAAACUCCCUUAAAGGACAAUCAAUGUGGGUCUGAUGAAGUUUAUAAAAAUUACAUACUCAAGAAAGGAGACCUGUUUGUCUCAUUUCAGAGAGGUGAUUUUAGAGCACUUGAAGGGCAGUGGUUAGAUGCAUUAGGACUCUAUUAAAAGUACAUGUUCACUUUAAGUCUUUCAUAUUUAUAGCAUUUUCUUUGUUGCAAGUUUUGUUUUGGGUUUUUUGUUUUUCUUCCUGCUUUGAGUUUUGCUUUUCUGGUCAUUAAUGAUAUUGAAAAAUAAAAUACCAUUAAAACAUCUACUUUUCAGAAACAGAUCUCCAAUGCCCAUCACAUCUUCCACUCUCCUCUGUUAUUCUGUCCCCACUCAGUGAAGGAAGAAAAGAAUACAAAGUCCUAAGUAACAGGUAUGGGGAGGGAUUUCCCAAAGUCAAUAUUGGUGAUUUGAUGAGUGGUUAGUAAUAAAAGCUCAGCAAGAAGCAAUCCUUCAGUGUGGACAAAGGGGCCCUGGAUGGAGGACCACACUUAAUGGCCACUUGGGUUUCUUCUUCUGUACUAAGGGCCUUAGAGGAAGCUGUCCCUGGGCCUGCGGGCCUGCGGUGAGAGAUUAUGUAAAGAAUAGUAACUGGGCAAGCUGCCAUUGUUCCACCCUCUUCCAGGACAAACUUUAAAGUUUGAAUUCACCAAAAUUGGACAAAGGAAACCAUUAUAUACUUUCUUUAUGGAGCAUACUGAUGAGUAAGAGGACUCUAGUUUUAAAGCAAUAGUUUUUUCCAAACUUAAGAUUUUAAGACAUGAGUGAUCCUUCAGUGGGUUUUCAACUGCAGAAUUCAGUUACAAAUUCUUAUAUUAUGAAAAUAACUUUAAUACCUAUGAAAAUAUUAAAUAAUUAGGUGCUCGAGAUACGGUAAUGACAAGAGCAGAUGUUGGCCCAGUUCUCCAAGCAUAAGGCCUAGGCUGGGAGUGGGGUGAUGAAUAAAAUAAGCAAUAUCAAUGAUAGAGUGAGACAAGUUUUAGUUGUAGGAGUACAGAGGGGCUGUUCCCAUUAACAACACUUGGUGGCCUGCUAACCCUGUGUGUUUCAGCCCUUGGAAAUUCUUCUGGUAUGCAUUGCUCCCUAUCUAGCCCUUUGCUACUGGGAGUUUGGCUGUCCUCAGGUCAUCCAGUUACAGAAGUACCCUUUAGCUCACAAAGAAGUAUUUUCUUCUGUAACUUCUGUCUGAACUGGACCUAUAGAAAGUAUGGCAAACAGAUGAAUCCCUAUUAAAUAUAAAAGUUUUGAUUGUAUCCAAGAUACAU